CGCACAGAUCACGCCACACGCACACACACACGUGAACAUUACAUGGAGGUUUGCACAGAGAUAGAUGUGUCCGUCCGUCCAACCAGGUGGCCGGCUCGGCUAUCCACAGCGGUCGAUCGAUCGACCUUCCUCACUCACUCACUCAGUCACGCGUGUUGUUUGCAAAAGGGGCAGGGCAACCACCACCCACCCUAGCUACACAUAUGCAUGCCAGCCAGAGGCACCAUCCAUCCAUUGCCCGCCCCAAGCUUGCAACCUCUCCGCUGCCUGCAGCCCCUCGGUCCCUCCCUCCCUCCCUCCGACCGACCGACCGACCGACAGACAGACAGAUGAACUCACUCAGUCACUCCAGCAGGUCGGUCAGGUGCACGACUGCAGGCAGGCAGACCACACACACACGCACACCACACAGACCGCAUUAUGUACCGUCAGUAAUGGUCUAAUCUAUCGGCCCCUGCCUGUACGUACGUACCUAGUGGAGGUUCAUGUUGAGGUAUUUGUGGUUGGUCGUGACGGUGACGGUGAGGCCGGGCAGGGCGGCCGCCUCCCGGAUGCGGCGGAUGUACCCGGCGUACUUGUCCGAGUGCUGGCCGUCCAGCACACGGUUGAGGUCAGCAAGAGAGCCCACCCGGCACCGCGACACGGCCUCGCCCACCAUGCGAACCUGAAUCAAUGAAAUGAUAGACCCAGCACAGCCAACACAGACAAACAGACCAGGGAGGGAGGGACGGAGGGAGGGAGGGAACCACCCAAUCAGCCAAGCAUCAGACAGAUCACUGAGUGAGCACUGUCCGCACCUCAGCGUCGAAUCCGUCGUCGGCUGUUGUGUCGGUGACGGUCACUGCAAUGAAGGGCGCUAGGCACAGCACAAAGUACUCACUCGGCGGCCGCUGGGGCGGCGUGUUGGGCUCCUGCACGCCGCACCGAUGCACCCCCGCGAGCUGCCCCCCCAGCCCCCCCUGCCAGUUGGCCAGCAUGUCCUUGGCGGCCUGCACGUCGGCCGGCGUGCCGUCGGCCGCGAUGCGCACCGAGAGUCUCAUGGGGUUGGGUGCCUUGCGGUGCAGCUGAUUGAUCAGCGCCGCGUCGGAGAAGCGGAGCUGGAUUGGCUGGUUGAGGUAGGACACGGUCAGGUGUGGGUCGAUCUGCUCGCUGUCGGGCUGGUUGUCGUGGCGGUUGGCCAGCCUAAUGGUGGGCACGUGCAGCCGGCCGGUCGCGAAGUUGAUGGCAUCGAUGGUAGGCUCCGCCCAGCCGCCAUUGGGGUAGCUCCACGUGAUCGAGUGCAGCGGCGCCCCGAGCCCCGCCAGCGCCAGUAGCUCGUACUCAAGCACCGCCAGGGGCAUCGCGCCCACCUGCUGCUUCUCGUACUUCUCAAACAACUUCUCCUGCUCCACACACGGACACACACACACGGACAGACAGACAGCCAGCCAGCCCACAGACAGACAGACAGACAGACAGACAGGUACACACAGCUGACUGACUGACCCCGAUCAGUUGACCGUGUGUGUAUGCGUGCGUAUGUACCACGUGUUUGUGCGUGACGGUGAUGAUUUUUUUGUUGCUCGAGAGCGCCUUCAGGAGAAGCCACUUGUCCCACCGGAUCGCGAUGAGCCGGAUCUUCUCGCAGACCACGGCCAUCUUGGCCCACCGGUGGGCGUUGAGCCGGCUGAUGCGAUCGUUGUCCAGCGGAAUGGUCACUCUGAACUGUCCCGGCAGCAGCCAGAGGGAGCAGUCCUUCUCCACGGGCCGCUGCUUGGGGUGCGCGGAGCCCUGGCAGCCCUUCUUGACCACGUCGCGGAAAAUGUACUGCCAGUCGGCAUCUACAGACAGACACAUAUAUACCAUACAGAGAGAGAGAGAGAGAGAGAUGGAACAUGCAGACAGGCAGCGUAUCGAUAUAUGCGGGCGUGCAGGGCACUCACUGCACGAACGUGCGUGUGUGCGUGCGGACGUAACUUAGUACCUACCUCUGUGUUGGCAGAAGAAGACGAGCAUCGGCUCCACAGGAAGGAUGUCCUUGAGCAGCUCCAUAUACUGACCGUGGGUCUUCUGACCGUGGGUCUUCUGCAACACACACCCCGGCGGCGGCGGCGGCGGCGGCUGCUGCUGCUGCCCUCCCCCUCCAGCCCCAUCAUGUCCCUGCGGCUGUCUUCCCUGCGGCUGCGGCUGAGGCUGGACCUCCUCCACCGCGUCGUCCAUGGCCCACGAACGACAAUUAGUUACCGAAUGCGCACCACCCACCUACAGACAUACAUUCACAUGACACGUCACGUGACUCACGUCACGGCCAAUGCAUGCAUCAUUUCGCCGAGCACAGCACGAUAUGAUGCAGGCAUGCUUCAGACACAAUGCAGUGAGGGGUGUUGAAGGGGUAUUGAUGGGUGGGACGACCUGCCUGCCUGCCUGCCUGCCUGCUUGCCUGUCUGUCUGUCUGUCUGUCUGUCUGUCUGUCUGUCUGUCUGUCUGUCUGUCUGUCUGUCUGUCUGGGAGGGGGGGUAUAGUAGUAUAGAGAGGCGGAGUCCGCCGCGGACGGCCUUUCGUACGUACCUGUGAGUGCGCGGGACGGUAACUUAGUGGCUCAGCUGAGCACCCGGCUAGCGACGUCCGUCAAAUUCGACCCGUACGUCCUCGAGGAGAGCGACCGACACCAACUUAGGACGGC